AUGAAGAAGAGGAUCACCUUCCAGAUCAUUGUAAAUGAGUUGACCCCGAGGGUCUUGAACUACUCCACUGGGGGCAGGAUCUCAUCCCCGACUCCCCGACUGGAGAGUGAACUCCACCCUUUUCCGGCUGAGGACUAUGGACUCAGAUUUGGAGUUGCUGAUUCUCAUCCCGGCGAACCAAUCCACUAUAAUGUGUCCAGUGGUCUAAGUUAUCGAGACUCUACCAGCACAGCUGUCGUCAAAAAUGUGAUUGUUCUGGCUCUUGGAUUUACCAUCAACUAUAUCAAUAGUACUCUGAUUCACACCUUCAGAAAACACCAGAUAUUUUAUGUGAAUCCUCGUUACAUCUUAUUCAUCCACCUGGUGUUGAAUGAUAUAAUCCAGCUCACCACAACAAUCAGUCUAUUUGUCUUUAGUUACAUCUUCUACAAAAUUAAUACUUCUAUCUGUUGCCUCAUUAUUACACUUGCUGUUUUCACCACCCUCAACACCCCAUUAAAUUUAGCAGUCAUGGCAGUGGAGUGCUACAUUGCUAUUUGUUUACCACUGCGACAUGCUGAGCUCUGUACAAUCAAAAGGACAUAUAUUCUGAUUGGUUGGAUCUGGGCCAUGAGUGCAGCCUCAACACUGCCGGAUGUGUUUAUUAUUCUUGCAACAGAACGUUUAAAGUUAUUCUAUUCUACAAUUUUCUGUGAGCGGGAGAAUUUUUUCCGUCACCCCAUAAGUUUGAAAAAGAGGGAUGCGUCCUACAUAAUUUACCUGGUUGGUGUUUGGCUCACUCUCUUCUACACUUAUUUCAAGAUUUUCUUUACUGCUAAAGCAGCUAAAGAAGCUAAAUCAUCUGAUGGGGAUGCAAAGAAGGCCAGGAAUACAAUACUGCUGCAUGGCUUUCAGCUGAUCUUGUGUAUGCUAACCUUUGUCGCCCAUGUGUUUAAAAAGACUCUGUUUUACUGGUUCCCUAAAUAUUAUGCACAUGCGCUCUUUGCUUGUUACAUCAUAAUUCAGAUGCUCCCCAGGUUUGUCAGUCCUGUUGUGUACGGUCUACGAGACAAGACUUUUAGACAGCACUUGAAAAAGUACCUGAUGUGUUCAAUGUGGGCAAGCAUCAGACCACGGACUCCAGAGAAAAAUCACAUUACAUAA